GUAGAAACCUUUGCUGAUCUCUAUAUAAACUAAUAACAGAUUAACCUGAAUUAUCCUAAACAGAAAAUAUGUCUCUUGAGAUUGAUGCGAAGGCUGUCUCAGCACUCCUCCUUGGCCAAGGAUGCGCUAACAAUCUCAAGACGCUCCUCAAAAACCAUGAAACAGGCUCAGUUUCAACAGAGCCACUCAUCAACUCCAUUCUUGAUUCUUUCUCGUUUGCUCUGUCUUCUCAGAACAUACCACGUCAUGUGUCUCAAAGAUCAUCAAAGAAAAAGAUGUGUGGAAUACAAGGUAUGGAAGAUUCUCCGACACCGGCCCACAUUGAUGGCUUCAUCUGGAGGAAAUAUGGACAAAAGACCAUCAAAACCUCUCCGCACCAAAGGUGGUACUACCGAUGUGCCUAUGCGAAAGACCAAAACUGCGACGCUACCAAGCGGGUACAGAAGAUCCAAGACAAUCCUCCAGUGUACAGAAACACCUAUGUCGGACAACAUGCAUGUGAAGCUCCAGCUUAUGCAGUUAAUAAUGGUGGUACAUACGGUUCAAAAAUGAUCAAAUUCGACUAUGUUAUUCCUGAAUCGGUUAUGCCUCAACCUUUAUCAAUUGAUUCCCAAGAAAUUACCAUGGAGGAUAAAGACACAGACGACCAUAUUUUGAACUAUAUUAACGAGCAUUUGAUGGAAGAUGAGGCGUAUGAUGUUUUCCCUGAUGUACUUGGAGAACGUUGCUGCUUUGGAUUAGAACCCUUUCCAGGAUUGAACAUUAAUAAAUCUUAAAAGCUUUUCAUGUUCUUCGAUCUUAUGGUGGAGAAUGAAUGAUU